AUGCUUUCUUUCUUUUUUAUGUUUUCUUCUUUCUUUCUUUCUUUCUUUCUUUCUUUCUUUCUUUCUUUCUUUUUUUCUCAUUUCCUUCUUGUUUUCUAUCGCAUUUUCUUUCUUAUUUACUUCAUUUCUUAUGUUAUGUUACUUUAUCUCAUUCUAUAUCAUUCACUUCUUUCUUUCUUUCUUUCUUUCUUUCUUUCUUUCUUUCUUUCUUUCUUUGUCUUUCUAGUUUCUCUUUUUUCCUCCCAACCUCCUUUUUCUUUGCACACAUUUUGCUUUGAAAUUCUUUUUUUAUCGCUUCCAUCUUUCAUGUUAAUAUUUGCAUACUUAUUACCUGAUUCCUUCGUCUGCACUUGGUGGAAUUCCUUGCUUAUAGAUCGUUCUUUGCUUCUUUUUUCUUUCUUUCUUUCUUUCUUUCUUUCUUUCUUUCUUUCUUUCUUUCGUCUCAUUCAUUCACUCUUCCUUCCUACCUUCUUUCUUUCUUUCUUUCUUUCUUUCUUUCUUUCUUUCUUUCUUUCUUCAUCUAACAAUUAUGCUUUCUUUCUUCAAUUUUGCGUAUUUUAUAAUUUUUCCCUUAUUUCUCUUCCAUGUCAUGUAAUUUAUCCAGUCAUUCAUUCACUUAUCCAUCCUUCAUUCCGUUGUUUGUUUGUUUGUUUGUUUCUUUCUUUCUUUCUUCAUUUACGACAGUUAUGA